AUGAAUAAGACCGUGAACGAGCUCGUGAGCUCUGCGCCUCCCGGCGAGUUGGCCGACGUCGUUGAGGACUUGAACGUGAUCAUUGAUAACCCUGCGGCGAUCCUGGCUGCCGUGGACAGCUAUGUCGAGCAAGGGGUGGUGGCUCUGGGGUUAAUCGCUUCCAAGUGGAACUCGCAUCAAGGCAAGUACGCCUGCCACGUCAACAAGAAGUUGUACAACGUCGAUGGCUUGAAGGCGAUUGAUAUCGAAGACUUUGAAACCGAAGGUGUCGACGCCAACCUCGUCAAUCUGUUGGAGCGUUACGGGGAGGCUCACUACCCGUCGACGUAUGCGUUCACUGUGGUGCCGGGUUCGACAACGGAAAUCGUGAUUAUUGGGCAACGCAACAACCUCGAAAACUACUAUAGUGGUCAAUGGAAAAGUCAUUAUCUGAUUAACGGAUCGAAAGUGGUUGGUGAAAUCGCUAUCACUAUCCACUACUUCGAAGAAGGUAAUGUUCGCAUGACCUUUAACGAAAAGGUUGAAGGCUCUGGAAGCGAUGUUGUUCUGGUUAUCGAGAAGAUUGAAAACGAUGUCACUCUCAAAGUGGUUGAUAAAUUCACUGACUUGAACCAGAAGCUGUUCAAAAACUUGCGGCGUCUUUUACCAGUCACCAGAUCUAAGAUUAACUGGGGCAAGGCCAUUGGUAACUAUAGAUUAGGUUCUGAUGUCGUCAACAAGAAAUAA